AUGGCCUCACCUUCACCUUCUACCGUCGCACAGGCUGCUUUUAACGCCUCUUCCAACUUACCAGCCGCCAUGUCUACCGUGCCGCCAACUCAAAAUCUUAGUUUUGCCGGGAUCUUAAUUUAUUACGGCUUGUGGAUGGUUCAAGUCUUGCCAUGGAUCACAUAUUGGAUCCUUAGUUUUACCACCUAUACGGUUCCUGCCGUAUUGUUCACUCUCUUUAGCACAAGCUUCUCGAUAACCAUGAACUUCACCACUCUGCUAGCAAUUGCUCUCAUGUUCGCUACCUUGAUAUCCUACUUCGUACGUUAUCGCUAUCUGAAUAUGUACGCCCAUUUGCCGCCUGAGCCGCAGAGGAAGGAACCUCAGAUAGACCUAUUCACCGACGGACCGGAGGCAGACGAUGCAAAACCAGGCAUAGCGAGUUAUCUUGACGAAUUCUUAAGCGCUAUAAAGGUCUUUGGAUAUCUAGAGAGACCCAUUUUUCACGAAUUGACCAGACACAUGCAGACAAGGAAAUUAAUUGCCGGCGAGACUUUGCUGCUCGAGGAGGAGAAAGGGUUUUGUGUAGUUGUUGAUGGUCUCGUGCAGGUGUUCGUCAAGUCUACCGCCCCUGGUAACAACUUUUCCGGGGACGAAGAGGAAGACCUGGCCGGCGGGCAAGGUUAUCAAUUGUUAACUGAAGUCAAGAAUGGAGCUCCGAUGAGUAGCUUGUUCACUAUAUUAAGCUUGUUCACAGAAGAUGUGCAGUUGCGGCAUGACGAUGACGACGAUAGUAGCACCGCACCGACACCACCACAAACACAAGAUAGUUUCUCCUCCGUCGGCAGUGAUUUAAGAAAAGGGCCACGAGACUAUCAACAUGGUAUAAGCCCUGCAAUGCAGGAGCACCCAUUCUCACAGAAUGGGAUGUCUAGACAAAUGUCAGAGGGUAUCUCGCUACCUAAAGUUCCUACUUUCCCUAUGCUAGCUGAUGACCUCUCCGAAUCGCCGUCUGCAUUUACUCCAAGUUCCCGUCCCACAACCCCAGCUCCUAGCAAAUCGCAUGGAAGACCCGUCCGUCCUAAGCUAUACAAGUCCAAAUCUGUCCAUCCCGAUAUUAUUGCGCGUGCGACAGUUGAUACGACUAUAGCAGUUAUCCCAGCAGCUGCGUUCAAGCGUCUCACACGAAGCUAUCCUAAGGCAUCGGCUCAUAUUGUAUCUGUCAUUCUGACAAGGUUCCUUCGUGUGACGUUUGCGACUGCACGGAAUUAUCUUGGGCUUACGGGCGAGGUCCUGCGUGCUGAGAAAAGCAUGAAUAACUAUACUUCUUAUGACCUUCCAAACCAUCUUCGCGGUAGCGCGCUAGAUAGACUGAAAGAGAAAUUUGCCUCUGAAAAGUCCGCAGCGAAGGAUGAUGAGGAACUCAAGCGCGGGAUGGUACUUCACAGUUCUUCGUCAGCUACUAGAAGGAGAAGACGAUCUACAUUCUCAAUUCAAACGAGAAUUGAUGUUGCUUCCCGGGCUUCAAAUAUGCGGGGUAUGGAUAGCCCAUGGGUAACCAACACCCACCCAGGAGAUUUAUUCAGCAACGUCCCUCUUCAUAGACCAAGAACCAAUUCAACUGGCCACUUUUCACCUCAGCUGGAAGCAUCAUUUGGCAGAGGAUUUCCCAUUCCGAUCCAGCCAAGUAUUGACAGCGCCCUUAACAGCCUGGGGCACGCACAUUCCAAUAGCCAAGAUUCGUCAUCCCCAACUUUGUCAAUGGUAAACAGCCGAACCUCGCAGAUGAGCGUUGUUCCUGAGGAAGAAGACGAAGGGACAUUCGGAGAGGCCGUCCUUGAAUGUAUGUUCAAGGCAAUUGGGCUUUCAAGCGCGAAGCUAGAAGGAUUAAAGCGUCCUGGUGGUUCUGUGGAAGCUAGCCCUCGUCUUGUAUCCUACGAUGCUAGAAGACAAAAGGCAGUUUUCAACUCAUUUGGGCAUAUUGACCCGUUCGAAGACGCAGAAACAGAAUCUGUUGCUUCAACCGCUAUUUCAACUAAUAGUAUAUUAGGGCCCGGUGCUCCUACCCUUGAAAGCAUGAAAGACGAUGUGGACAUAGUUUUUUUCCCGAAAGGAAGCGUGUUGGUUGAGGAAGGCGAGCGAAGCCCUGGACUAUACUAUGUCAUCGACGGCUUCCUGGAUAUCACAAUGGCCGUUGAAGAUGAGAAAAAGACAGGUGUUCUCGGGAAUAAUGCAUCAAGGAAGGGCAGCACUGUAAAUUUGAACUCCGUUCUUCCAGCCUUGAGUCGAACAAACACCAGCAGUUCUAUCAAAACCACCCCUUCGACACCAGCGCCGAAGAAGCCCGCUCGGAAAUCUUUGUUCAUGGUAAAACCCGGCGGUGUUGCAGGAUACAUUGGUUGCAUUUCAGGCAGCCGAAGCUUCGUCGAGAUUAGGGCAAAGACGGAUGUAUACGUUGGGUUCUUACCGCGAAAUAGCUUCGAGAGAAUCAUGGACAAGAACCCUGUCGUUUUACUAACGAUGGCGAAGAGAAUCACGAGUCUGCUGCCGAGAUUGAUGUUGCAUAUUGAUUUUGCUCUGGAAUGGCUGCAGAUCGAUGCUGGGCAGGUUAUUUAUCGCGAAGGGGAUGAAAGUGAUGCUAUAUAUAUUAUCUUGAAUGGCCGUCUCAGAGCUAUCAGAGGUAAUCCAGAUGAGGGCGACGUCCACGUUGCUGGUGAAUAUGGUCAGGGAGAAUCUGUUGGAGAACUUGAGGUUCUGACAGAAUCCACCCGACCCGUCACUCUUCACGCAAUACGAGAUACAGAAGUGGCCAGGUUCCCGAAAACAUUGUUCAAUAGCCUUGCACUCGAGCACCCUGGCAUCACGAUUCAGAUCUCCAAAAUAAUUGCGACAAGAAUGCGAGCACUGGUGGAACAGCCGCUUGAUAGAAAAGAUAAUGCUGCUAUUGGAACGACGAAGACAGCAAAUAAGAUGAAUCUCAGGACUGUUUGCAUCCUUCCUGUUGCAACUGGAGUUCCUGUCACAGAAUUCAGCAACCGUUUGUCCACCGCUUUACAACAGAUUGGUGUCCCAAAUGGUGCUGUGACACUAAACCAAGCAGCUAUAUUAAAACACCUGGGCCGACAUGCGUUCAGCAGGAUUGGCCGGCUUAAACUCAGUCAAUUCCUAGCUGAUCAAGAAGAAAAGUACGGCAUGGUGUUGUAUGUCGCAGAUACUAGCGUUAACGCUCGAUGGACUCAGACUUGCAUAACGCAAGCUGAUUGUAUCUUACUUGUGGCGUUGGCGGAUAGUAAUCCUGGUAUUGGCGACUACGAAAGAUACCUAGUUGGCAUGAAAACUACAGCGAGAAAAGAGCUAGUUCUAUUACACCCGGAUCGAUUUGUGAAGCCCGGUUUGACAAGGCAAUGGUUGAAGACCCGCAUCUGGAUCAACGGUGGGCAUCAUCAUAUUCAAAUGGCAGUCAAUUUGAACAGCGUUCCCGAGCCUGUUCAUGUGCAACAAAAACAAUUUGGAUCUGCUAUCAGAAAGCGUGUUAAAAUUCUCCAUGACGAGAUUUCGAUUUAUAUAUCAAAGAGGGCAAGACAGACGGUAUAUCCCUCAGAAGCGCCAUUCAAGGGAGACUUCCACCGUUUAGCACGAAGGCUCUGUGGUAAGAGUGUGGGGUUGGUUUUAGGAGGAGGAGGCGCUCGCGGUAUUGCCCAUGUUGGUGUUAUUAGAGCUCUUGAGGAAGAAGGUAUCCCGAUCGACUUAGUGGGCGGCACCAGUAUCGGCAGCUUCGUUGGCGCCCUAUAUGCGCGAGACGCAGAUAUAGUGCCAGUGUAUGGUUGGGCGAAGAAGUUCUCCGGCCGGAUGGGGAGCUUAUGGCGGAUGGUGUUAGAUUUGACAUAUCCAGCCGUCAGCUAUACAACCGGUCACGAGUUCAAUCGGGGUAUUUUCAAGACUUUUGGGGAUUCUCAAAUCGAAGACUUUUGGCUAGAGUUCUACUGCAAUACCACCGAUAUCAGCAGAAGCCGAAUGGAGAUCCAUACCAGUGGAUAUGCGUGGCGCUACGUUCGAGCAUCGAUGAGUUUGGCGGGCCUACUACCACCGUUGUGUGACGAGGGUAUCAUGUUACUUGAUGGCGGAUACGUUGAUAACUUGACGGUCUCGCACAUGAAGAGUUUGGGGGCAGAUACGAUUUUUGCGAUAGAUGUGGGUAGUAUUGACGAUAAUACACCACAAAACUAUGGCGAUACCCUCAGCGGUGGAUGGACACUCUUUAACCGCUGGAAUCCAUUCAGUUAUACACCUAAUCCACCGACAUUAGCAGAAAUUCAGGCGAGAUUAGCGUAUGUUAGCAGUGUUGAUGCGUUAGAGAGGGCGAAGCAGGCGCCCGGUUGUUAUUAUAUGCGGCCACCGAUUGAUAUGUAUGGAACAUUAGAUUUUGGAAAGUUUGAUGAGAUUUAUAAUGUCGGCUAUGUUUACGGAAAGAGGUUUUUGAGGGAGUUAAGGGAGGUUAAAGGAGGAUUGAGGGUUUGGGGUGGGGAUAAUGGUGGGGAAGGGGUUGCUGGGAAGGGGAUUAGAUGGAGGAGAACGGGCCGAAGAGCUAGUAUCUAG